CGGGGCUUGCUGGUGCGUGGAUCGGUAAUUUCCCUGCUCUGAACCUGGAGGAGGAUCGGCUUGGCGUGGCAACGCUGUUUACACCACCAUCGCUCGAUGGCCUCAUCAUUUGGCGUUUUAAUGCGUCUCACCAGCCUCCUGAGGCUAUUUGGGAGUCCCAAGUAUUCAUUACCUCCGUAGUCGCUACUUGAGCGGCAGUAGAACUGAUACGUCAUGUGCGAUGCCACAUUCACUUUUGGGCAGCGGGGGAGCCAUUUCUUCCAAUGUCCUUCGCAGCGGGAUACGACUCGCCUCCCACGGAAACUCACGACCCUCCUCUCGUCACCACAGAUCCAGCAAGUCCACCACGUCGCGCUGGGCUAUGAGGACAGCUUCCUGAUCACCUGGCGUGACAAAGACAAUCAGGAUCGCAUUAAUACCGUCGGCCUCCCCGCUGAACUGAUCACCUUCCUCUAUGCUCGCAACGACAACGGCCGCCCCGCCCGCAACAUCCCCGCCAUCCGCUGUACCCUAGGCCCCCAGAACACAUCCUUCUUCGCCCACGACUCCGCCGCCUACCUAUGGAUGAACCUCCCACCCGACCUCCUCUCCGCGCUGCAAUCUCGCAUCCAGAACGGCUCCUGGACAGACCGCCCGCGCCUCGUUGCCCUUGGCGCCGACGCCACCUUCGUCCUGAUCACCGCGCAGCACCGCGUAAUCUGGACACUGGACCCGUACCCCCUACUCUCCACUCACCUCGAGACCCUGCGUGCCGCGCGCCGCAUCCCGGACCUCACUAACAUCACGCUGCACGCCUACCGCUAUGGUUGCUUCGUUGCACAGUCACGUGACGGCACAUUGCGUGCGGAAAAUCUGCCGCCGCACCAGCAGUCCGGGCUGAAGACGAUGGCGGAUGCGGUUGCGCGCGAUUCCCUGCGUGCGGGGAGGAGUGUGCCGCGCCGCGAGAUCGAUCCGCCGGUGGUGCCGCGGCCGAGUCCGCUACAGGAGCGGGCGAGGGUGCGGCGAGAGUGGAAUGACCAUACGCAAAGGUUUACGGCGCAGUCGAAGGGGCUAAAACUGAGUGUGAGUUUCAGUAUUGGUGGACUGGCACGGGUGCUGGGCUGAGGGAGUGGAUCCUGGCGGCACGGUGCUCCGACUGAGAUGCAGAACAGUCAGGGAGAGGAACUUCCACGUCGCCGCAUGGGCGACCGCAGGGU